ACUCAGCAAGAGUGCAACUUAAACCGAGUUGAAGUUUUCUCCAGUGGUUGCACAAUACCCUUUUUUUUAGGCUGACAUUUUUUCUUCGAUACUUCUCUUUUGGAAAUGCUCUUAUUGUUGAACACCACGCUUGUUAGAUUCCCAGAAAGUUCGAGUUAAACCAUAUAUCCGUGUAUUGUUAAGUGGAUAUGGGAUAGUGAUAUUGGAGUACACACGUGGGGCUAUAGCCUAUACUGCCAAACUUGUCUAACAAAGUUAUCGAACCACAUCACUGUUCACUAUUGGUGUAAUUGUGCCGAAACGGAUCUUGAUCGACAUUGAAAGCAGACGUCCUGCAGUUUUUCAUUAGGGGAAUUUCAAAACUGGAGAGAUAAUGCUGUAUUUUGUUGAUCUUGGAGUUGUUGACUUUGAAAUUAAAAUCAAGCUUGGCUGAUUGCUGGACAUGACAGAGAACUAGUAACGCUGAGAUAAAUUUGAUACAACGUAACAUUUGCAAUUGGACUGAAACUGAAAUUGAAUCUUUGGAAUUGAUAUGCUUUGAGUGUGUAUCCACUUCUCUUAUUCUAAAGCUUCGAGUGCUACAAAUGAAUUAAACAUUUUCUUUUUAAAACUGUCUUUUUAUGAGACGUCAAUGAUUGAUUGAGAUGUUGAAGAUCAACUCCUCAGCUGGAUUGGAAUAAUGCUAUUGUUCUCUCAAUGAAUAUUGAUUUUUGAGAAAAUAGCAAUUUUUCCCGAAGACUUCAGACUGUCAUUGAAUAAGAGAAUACUUCUUGGAACUAAGUCUGAACCACAAGAGGGUUUUGUUUUCGGACCGCUGUUUUGAAAGAAACCCUUCAAGCUCUUUUCAGUCAUAUGGACCAGACUAAACUUGGACCAAACUGAUCUUCAUUGGUUGGAUUUACUAAAGGAUUAAGCAAUGAUGUCAGGAUCUUACACAUUCAAUCAUGAUGUGACGAUUGUCACCGAACCCCCGACACCUCCGCCGGUCAGCAAAGGUAGGCGACACAGUUGCGAUCAGACUGCGCGUGAUAUGUGCAGCGGACAGUGUGGUCUCCUUCCUGGAGUUAAUGAGGAAGAUGCUGAAGGGUCAAGUAAUACUCCAUGUAGACUUCAUAGAAGAUCGGCACUAAGAAGAGUACACACUUUGACCGGUGAGCCGGGCUCCCCGAGGACAGGACGCAGCAAUCGUCAAAGAUCUCCCAGUACGCCCAACGCACCAGACCCCAAGAUGUUGCAGAGAGGGCUGGUAAGUCAUUUGCUUCCGUGACCUUGAACUUGAACUCUUAGUAGCAUCGUUAACGCAUGCCAUUGUGGCUUCUGUCAAAGAAGGCAAAGUAGAUUCCUGGGCCCGGUAACACGAAGCUUUGCAAUGGAUAGCUAAUAUAUGAAAGAAUGAUGCUGUUUGGUUCCUGGUCAGUGUUAUGAUCAAACUGUGCAUGCAACAAAGCUUUUGAUUGGUCGAUGCUAUUUAGCGAUUGAUCACAAACCUUUGUGUUAAGGAGCCCUGAUAUUCAGUGUAGUAAAAUCACGCGAAAUCGUCAUUACGCAAACAUGUAAUAAAAUGAGGUCACCACAGUGAAUCGAUAACAGCGAGAGCGCUGCACAUUGCCAACGGUUCACAGAGAUUUGCACGCAAACCUAUGAGAAACAAGCGAGAGCGAACGAUUCCACGAGCUCUUCCCCCUUCUUUCCCUUCCCGGCGAUUUGUCCCAAAACAAAAGGAUUUCCGCAAACUACGAUACUUUGUUUUUCAACUUUAUUAGCAUCCGAUCUAUCCAUGCCGAUUAGAUUUUUACCGUGCCAUUUUGUUAUAAAUUAGCAAAAGAAAAUGUAAAUCAGUUUUGUAAAGCUGAAUAAAACGACUGGUAGGCGUUUAUGACAGCCGUCAUUCACGUAAACUUUUGUAUCCGGUAUGUACACAACGUCGUACUACUACAGUGAUAUUGAAGGUUAUUUGCGUUAGUAUAUAUAUUCAGAGCCGAGGUGAUAGAAACGGGAGCAUAAGAUCGACAUGUACAAUAAAAACCAGUAAAAACUAUAGAAAAAUUAUGAGUCCUUGAUGCAGUUCACUGACACAGUGAAGGAAUUAUCAGGAUCAUCAAUUACAAAACAGAUGAACAUGAUGAUAUUAUCAAACUUACAUGACUUGUCCACUAUCACAUGAAUCAUAAUAUCCCUUAUUUUUCCUUUGGCUUUAUAAUGAUUGUUAAGUGCAGAAAAGGGGGAAACGGUGACUAUUUUAACUGGUACUGGCUGGUUGGUCCCGUAGUCAGUUAGCAUGCAUGUUUUGUAGGCCUACAUUCACAAUGAUCACGAUGGUCAGAGAACAAUUUCCCUCAUUCCUCUCAAUUCUCUCUUAUCAUGUUUAUCAUUACAUGUAUCAUGUGUAUACCAGGGAGAUGGGGUUUGGUGUGUGCAUGUAGUUACUAACUGGUGUGUGCAUGCAAGGAAAGAUACCUGAGGUAUAGGCCUUAGUUUGUGUGUAAGUUCAUUGAGCAUGUUGGGUCGGCUCUUCGGUCAAGAGCGCGGGUGCUGUGUGCGUCAUCGCACGGUGCAAGCUUCUGUGUCAAAUACGCGCGAAACGACUAAUAAUAGGCUACAAAAAUCACUCGACCAUGCUGCCGCUCUGCGAAUUCGGUGUGCGAAGAUUACGUAACAUUCACCGAAAUUAACGCUACACCGUAAUGACGAUUUCGUGUUAUUUUACUACACUGAUAUUGGAAUUCACAGUCAAGACACUCUUCAGAAACACCCCAAACUAGUCACUAGCUGGCCUAAACAUCAAUACAUGUAUGUUACUUUCCUUUGCAGGUGUAUUAUGAUAAUCAUGGCUGAAAAUCUUGAUUAUCAUUAAGUUCAUAAAAGGAGAUGUGAGAGUUGAGUAGUAGUAUCAGAAGUAUCAUAUUUAUGGCGUACUCUUGGUAGAAAGCGAGUUUGACUGUCCUAAAUCAGUAAUUUCAAGUUAAGUGUCCUCAAUCCUCAUUUUCUGGUUCCUUAGUGAGAAUGUUCAGUUUUCUAAUCCUGAAUGCAACAGAAAAGUAUGUAGGCCUACCUUUUAUAAACAGCCCAUCAUAACAAAAAAAAAAUCAACACAAACGCUUCAUAUCAGGAUGAAAAAUUGUUUUAUUUGCGAACAUCCGUAAAAGAAGAGUUGGGACUAGUUAUCCAUCCUCAUCUUCAUUGAAAGAGAAAAAUAUAUUAGCCUGUACUUAUUUCAUCAAAAAGGGCAAACCUUUGCCUGAUAACCUGUAAAGUUACAAUUACUUCAAAAUGUCAACAUCGAUUUAAAGAUAAAUUCCAGUUUUGGGAGCGAUCUCAAAAUGACUUUUUACAGAAUUUAAUAUAAGGAUCACCAAAUUGUCUGUUUGUAUGAAUAAAAAAUUUGUGCCAAAGGAUUCUGGAAGAAAUUGUGUAAUUGCUGAGAAAUAAGCAAAAUAAGCGCGGAUUCGGUCACUUCCGUCGGGUCUUUAUUCCAGCAAUAAUAAUACACUGUCAUACACUGUCCCACGUGUGCCUAUCUGUGUUGGCGAUCUUCAGUGUGAUCGUUUUUUAGCUAGAUAUUAUGAUUUCACAAAGUUAAGUUUAUGUAACUGUACCAGAUCUAGAUCUACGAUGAUAUAUCAAUACUUUACCUUGGUUUUACAUACUUUCUCACGAAAUCAGUGUUUUACUGCAACUACGUUCAUUUAGCUUUAAAUAGGUGACUGUUGGUAUGUCGAACAGUAUGAUCAUGAAUAUGCAAAUUUGAUUGGCCAUCGCUAGCUUUGCAAUUGACUGCAAUUUUUUUGUGUCACCUAUCCCCAAUUCCUGUAAGAAAAUUAGUCACUUGAUCCUGAAAAACUCUGUCAGAAUUUAUUUAUAUUUUUUAAGUGUCUUGAGCAAGAUAAAAGUGCGCCUUUCAUUAUUGAAAAGAAAUAUCAAAAUGCAGUCGGUUUACAUUUAUGUAUCCUAGAAAUCAAAUAUCACAUUAGUCAAUACUUCAACAUGCAUGUGUUUGAAAGGAAAUGAGUAAUAACACAAUUGAUGCCGAUCAUUAUCUUGAUUUCAAGUGCUUCUAAUGGAAAGUAUGAAAUAUUUUAUCAGGGACUAUCUUUAGAAACUUGUAAUGCACAUGAGAAUAUGCACAUUGCACGUAUGAACUCUCUUAAAUGUGGCUUGCGUUCUUUGAACCUGAGGCUCAAAUCAGCGGAAUCGCGAAGCUCGUGUCAGCAAAUACCAAGAUCCUAAAACCAAUUGUUGACUCACACCAGGAAAAAAAAUCAAAAUAAUUUCCUUCCGUCCUCUGGCCUGGCGGCGGACCUCGCAGUGUUUUUUCUUCUGUUGAUUGGCUGUGAAAAUGUGGCUUCCACUUCAGAGAAAGCAUAAAUAGAAGAAUCGUCCCCUAUAAAACAGAGCUCUGUCUGAGAAAAAUAUGAUCAAUUUUCUCAACUAUCCCCCCCCCCCCUCCUGU